AUGGAGACAGGAGGCAGCGCGGCGCUGCUGGAUGAGUCGUUGUUUGGGGGAGAGGCCCUUGAAGGUUCGGGGGCCGGCAGCAACGCGCUGCUGAUGAUGCCGCGGAAACCCAAGGAGAAGAAGGCGAACGGGUCUAAGAAGCAGCAACAGCAGCAGCAACAGCUGCAGCAAAAGAAACCAAGCAGCAGUAGAAAAGAAAGAAAGUUGAAGCAACUGUUGAAGAAGCACAGAGACAGGGACGUCAAGGCCGAGUUGUGCGAGGAGCUCCAGAAACGCCAGCUGACAGAACUCAUGAAGCAGGCACCCGACACCACAGGCGAUGCAGAAGGCGGUGUUGCAACGCAGGAUGCAGCAACAGCAGCAGCAGCAGGAGGCAUUGACAGUGAAGAGGUCCAGCUAGCCAAAACGCAGCUAAUGCUAGGAGGCGGGCUGCUGCUGUCAGGCGUGAAGGGACGGCGGCUGCAGAAGAAGGCACGCAAAGCUCUGCUGCUGCAGAAGGAGAUGGAGCGAAGGCAGCAGCAGCUGCAGGAGCAACGUCAGCUCAAGAUGCAGCAGAAAAAGCUUCAGAAGGAGAAGAAAACGGACAGCCUUGGGGGGGAGACAGUGCAGCAACAGCAGUCAGAGCAUCAGCAGCAGCAACAAACAAAAUCCGCUAGUCACGCGGCAACUAGCAAGGAGGAAGACCAACGUGCCAAGCAGCCCGUACAGCAGCAGCAGCAGCAGCAAGAGAAGCAGCAGCAGCAAAAACAAUCGGAGCACAGCAACGGGCAGCAGCCAAGUCUUGGAGAGCAGCAGUCAGUGAACGAUGAACUGAAGAGCCAGGCUAAGAGCGACACUGCUGCCAUAGCAGGCAGCAAAAGCACCAGUAGCAGCAGUAGUUCAUCUUCCACACCCACGACAAAUCAGCACCAUCCCACCUCCAGAGACGCAGAAGACUGCAGCAACAGCAGUAGCAGCAGUGCGGAUGAGGGGGCCCCAGAAAGCAAACCGAUUCAUUGCAAACGAAAGAUUAAAAAACUCCAAGACCUCUCAGGCCGACGACAUGCAGAUAUACUCUGCGUAGCAGGGGCCACCGGCUCUGGCAAAAGCACACAAAUCCCUCAGUUUGUCUUUGAGUCGGGCAUCUGCUACCCAGCGAUGCUCUUCCAUAAGAAGUGCCAAGUAGCUCGUCAGCUGCUUCAGGAGAAGAGUUCUGAUGGGCCCCACACGAGCGAAUCCGCUGCAGCAGCAGCAGCAACAGGAACACCAGCAGGACCUGCUAGCGCUGCUGCGAAAGUGGGCUUUGUCUCCGCAGAAGCGACGAAGGAGGGGAUUCUUGUGAGGAGACAGCUAUGCAUCUGCAUCACGCAGCCACGCAGAGUUGCUGCUGUCUCUUUAGCCAAAAGAGUGGCAGAGGAGAUGGGGUCUCCUGAACUCGUGGGAUAUCAGGUACUGGUGGCUUGCCUGCUUGUUCUGGGUGUGCACGUGCUACAAUGCAGAGCCCAAUGCAUGUUUGAUUAA